AAAAAACUAGAUAUUUCUACUUACUACUAUCUUAUCAAAUAUUAAAUAGAGGAAGAUUUUUUUUGAUUUGUACAUGACAGUGAAUCAUUCUAAAGAUUCGAGUAGAUAUGGACAUCAAAGAGUAAACGUUAAAUUUUUAAUAACACAGAUUUCUAUAUAAUUUAAACAUGGCGUUUGUUAAAAUUAUUCUAUUGAUCAUAUCCUGCGAAUUGCAGUUGAUAUGGUCGCAAACAAGUGUACCCAAAUCACUUAGAGAAUGUUAUAGAAACAAUGCAACAUUCAAUGCUCAACAUCCGCUGAACUUGCGUGUAUUAGUGGACAUUAUACAGAAGAUGGAAAAGGAGUCCUAUUCAACAAUAGACAUGAGACUAAUGGCUUCAUCAAUAUUACACAGAUUCAAAUUUGAUGGUAUUGAAUACCAACAGAAUAUUCAAGUCACAGAAGAUGUGCUUCCAUUCAGUGGUACAGGAUCGCAAUAUAUUAAAUACAAAUUGAUAGAGGAAUUAGUUCCAGGCAAUGCAAACGCAUUACCGGUUCAUAUACUUUCACAGGAAGAGCAAUGUAUGCUUCAUCAGGCUAUUUCAAACACAGUUUUGAAACCUAACAAUGAAAACAAAUCAUGUGGUCAUACUAUAGAAAAAUUAAUGGGAAAUACUGCGUUUACUGACAUGUGGAACUGUCCAAGACAACAAGGAGUGAUUCUAACUCCGUACGGUACCAUUACUCCUGGAACAAUUAUAGCAGCAAUUGCUGCAUGUCUCCAACAUCAGAAUGUUGCUGCAAAUCAAUUAAUUGCAAGUUCGGAAACACCUCCUUUAGAAAUGAAUUCUACAAACACGUACAACGAAGAGGAAGUCGAUUUUGUUUUACCAAGAAAUCAAAUGAUUCACAAACCACUCAUGUGGUAUGAUGCUUUAAUGGCUUCAUCUGUGAAAAUUGAUAAUAUAUGGUUAACAACAAUUGCAGGUGAAUUAGCGGAAAUGGUCGUGUACCAAGGUCCUUUACUAGGAAAUAACAUGGCUCUUGGUGCAACAGGAUUUUGGCAGAAUAUGAUGCGUCCAACAAUUUAUUAUCUCACAAGUUUACAUGACAAUUUUGAUGCAACUCGAGCUGAACUAAUUGGAGGCAUUGACGGAAUGAUUAUUGCAAGUUAUUUACAGACUUGGAUCCAAGAUUUCUACAGUCUUCGACUCAGUCAAAUUUUACAAAUGUAUUAUUCACAUGAAGGUGUCACCUUCAAUACAAACGUGAAAGCUUGCGACCGAGCACAAACAUUUCUAUAUGCAGUACCAAAGACCAUUCUGAAUGAACAGACCUACGCUAUAGCUCAGAUGUUAGCUUAUCGUAAAAGCAUUGCGUAUAUUUCCCCUGAAGCAUUGCAACAAAUGGUUAACAUUGCAGUUGAAAAGUUUUACACGUAUGCGAACAAUUACUUGUUCCCUGAACUACCUUGCUAUCAAGUAAACCAACCCCAAAUAGAAGCACUGAUUGUAUUCGAUGGAGCAUGGACAAUAGAAUAUACAAAAGAUUUUCUUGCGACUCUUAUGCAAGAUUUGGAUGUAUCAAUGUACGGAUCAAAAAUGGGUGUAAUACAUGGCACUUCAGGAGAAUGGCUGCUAAAUGUAACAAACAGUCCAUCAACCGCGUUUCAGGCGUUAAACAAUUUUACUAAUGCUAUGUGGCCGACAGGAUUUAAUUAUGCUCGAGUUUUGGAAACCGUAUUCGCUUAUUUGAAAAAAACGUGGGAGUACAAUGAUAAAAACAAAAUAAUUGCAAAUUUUGGUCAGGUAGUUGUGCUCUUAAUUCCGUCAGCGCACAUAUCCAAUGAUGAAAAAGAAUUGGCAACAACGUUGUUACGUCAAUUAAAAUAUAUUUAUCCAGAAGUUCAUUUUGUAUAUUACGUAUCACGGUAUAAUGAAAAUUUAUUCAAAUCGUUUAUUUUAUGGGAAGAAGACUAUAUAAUAAAUAAUUCUAACAUCGACGCAAUUACUCAAUAUGUAUCGAAAAUUCCACGAAUAUUAAGACCCAUGACAACUGCAGACGUAAAUGUAACUAAAAACAUUAUUUCCCAGUGGGAAGAUUAUGUAAGCCCUUCGAAAUCUAUCACCUACAGGAUACAUUCACAUUGGAAGCGAAAUAUGAAAAUAAUAAUAGUUACGAUUCAUACUUUUGGCUAUGGUACAAUGAAAGCCUGUUCAUGGUUAGGAUUUCAAUCUAAUGAUAGACAAAAUUUACAGUGCGCAGAAUUAUCUGGUUAUAAGGAAAUUACAUUAACUGAUCACUUUAAGUGUACCAGCACUUCAGCUUGUCCUAACUUUUAUCUUCGCAUACAAAACGUAACUUCUUUGUAUAAAUGUGCAGAAAUAGACUGUAAAACACCGGAUCAAGUGAGAUACAUAAUAAGAACAAAUCAACAAAAUGUUCAUAAUCCUGCGAAUAAAAAUAUAGCAUUGAUCUCGUUGAAUAUUUUAGCCUUAUUUGCAUUUCGAAUAUUUACGUGAACUGCACUAUGUUAUAUUUAUACUUUUUAUGAAUACUUACACAAUUUUUUUAACAUAUCAUUUGUAUGACUGUAUCGUGUAGAAAUUUAUUUAUUACUUAAAAAAAUACAAAUUUUGUUUUUACUUACAAUUGUUCAGGUAGAUCAAUAAUUGCUAUAUGCAUACUCGUACACAAAUUUAAUCAGGAAUUGAAAGUUACUCGAUGCGGCAAGAUUUCCUAAUUCGGGUUCUAUCAAAAGCAUAUCAACUGGUGGAAGAAAUUCGUUUACUUGACCACCUAUGUAUGAAGAUAGAACGAAAUACAUUUUAUUAGUAUAAUGAUAUUCGCGUAUGUAUUAUUAUAAAUCGAAUGAUUGAGCAAUUAUUUCUUUAAUUUUAACAAUUAAUGAUAUACCUGUAAAGUGUGCAAGAUCCAUUAGUUUGAAAAAUAUCGUUUCCUGUACUUGUUGUUCAGGAUUCUUUCCCAGAGUAUCCCACUGAUCCCGUUUAGCAGCUCGUGCCCAAGUUUGCAAUUUUAAAGAAACUUUUUCAUCUUCUUGUUCUACGUACUCGAGCAAGUCGAGAGCUUUCUUGAAGUCGUACUCGUUUGCAUCAAUGUUAUCUUCAGAUGUGUACAACUACACCAAUUACAAAACGUUCAACAUUUAUAUCAAACAUAUUACAUAUUUAUAUCAAAUCAAAUACAGUGCGUGUAACAGAAAGCAAUACCGUAAUUAAUUCUGUCGGUGUAAAUACACGUAAUUUCUCUACAUCGUAACCAUACGUCGUAAGUACUUGAGUUGGCAAUUCUUCCUGAUAAGCAACCAAUGCCAAUUCGUUAUCGAUAUUUUUUACAUGAUGUCUAUCUUUUUCCUUCAGUUCAUCUGAAGCGAGGAACGCCAAUUUUGCCAAAGAAAGCAUCGACUGUGAAAGUACGAGUAAUUCAUAAGUAAAAAAAUACUUGAACAGCUUAAAAAGACAGUAUUGUAGCAAGUGUUGUACUUUUUUACGUGUCACCAAUUCACUUUCCUGGAUUGC